CCAUCCGCUUGAUUCGUUGGAACGCGCCCCACACGCACAACUCUCGCGCGGCGGCUUGAGCGCCGCGCCGGGUGCGGUGCCAUGUCUUUUGCUCGGGCCACACGGCGCCCGCCCUUGCGUCCCGAGUCUCCGCAGGCACGUGCCUGUCGAGAGAGGCCGACCAGCAUCUCUCCCCGGAGGAUUCGCCUCACCAGCCCCACCGCCACCGCGGCCUUGGCCGCCGCUCCGCGGCGGAGCUCAGUGACGUCGCUGGCGUCGGAGGCGACCACUGCGAUGUCGCACCCGGCCUUCUCCCUCCGGACCUGUGCGUCUUCACGAGCUUUGAGCGCUGCCUGUGCCUCGCCCAUCUCCACCUCGCAGUGUUCCUCCUCAGUGCAGUCCGCGGAUGCGGCGCGAGGCUGCCUGGCGAAGCUCUUGGAGAAGAGCAACGUGGCGCAGAGGCAGCUGGAUACCGAGCUUUCUGCCCUCAAAGGAAUCAGCUGCGAGGUCGAUGCACGUUUGGCGCAACAGUUGCGACGCAGGUACGCCUCCCUGGGCCCUUCGCCACCACAAGAAGAGGACCGGCGGGAGGAGAUGGAAGCAGCCCUGCAGCGGCUGCAAGAGGAGUCCAACCGCUGCAGGAUGGUCAAAGAGCACAUGGAGUCUUUGAUCAAGACCGCCGCUCAGGUGCUUGGAGGACCAGAGCUUUGCGAUCGGCGCCCGGCCUCGGUCCCGGGCUUUGCACUCCAGUUGCAGAAGCAGCUCACUGCCAAAUUGCAGGAGAGCCGCAUGCGCUGCCGGGCCAGCGCGCAGUUGGGCCUGGAGAGCUUACAGAAGACUGAGCUUCGCCAGGACAGCUUCGCGCCUUUACCGCGCUACCCGGAAGGGAGCAUGCCGAUGCCAGCAACGGCGCAGCUGGCAGCAAGUACAGCUGCAUCGUUGGCGUUGGUGGAAGAGUUGAACCACGGUGACUUAAAGGAGAUCCCAACUCAGAUUCCUUUGCAGGAGGCUCCGCACGUGCGUUUCGGUGUGCUGGAAGACUUUCACCGCCGUUGGCCCGAAGAUGCGGUCAUCCAAGAAGAAGAGGAAGACGAGUUGAUGGAGCUUCCCCGUGGUCUGGGCUCUGCGGCGGUUGUGGAUGUGUGCUGAUGACGAAAAGCUUGCGCCCGUUUGGUUGUGAACGGUCCACACCCGCGUCCGCCCAUCCCCGAGGCAUGAGGGAUGCGUCAUAGCAUGUCAUAGCCACGGUCCGAC